UUCGAGAUCUUGUGGAGAAAUCAAUCCCGCGGUUGCACUCUCAUGGACAAAGUCAGUAUUGUGGAAGGUUUUGGCUCUGCAGUCCGUGUCACUGUCGAGACCUCUGAUUUCCAGGUGGAGGUCGAGCUGGUUCCGACUAUCGAGAUCCCAACAUGUUGGCCUCGGAAAAGCAAAUGGCCCCGAUGCGUCAGAUCUUGGCCUUGCCGAGAGAAAGUGCAGUGUGUUAAGUCUUUUGGCUUUGACCUCUGGGCCUCUUCCAACUACCACUGGCAGCAGAGCUUCUCCCGAGCUGAGCAAAGCGAUGAUGCAGGGCUCGGCGAGGGGCGGCGGUGAGGGUGCCGCGGGAGGUGCUUUCCAGGUGUCAUGCGGCAGAUGAAAGAAAGGAUGUUUAGUGCGCGUGCAGCAGGGAGCAAGCCAGUCCCAGUCCUCACGUCCUUUCACCUGCAGAUGGUUCUUUUCUGGACUUGUGAGAAGUACCCCCACGCCAGGGACUGGUGCUGUUUCCGCAAAGCCUUCCUGCGACUGGUCCGGAAGCUACACAAAUGUGUGAGCCAGCAUUUCCUGAAACACUUCUUCCUCAAAGACACCAACCUGCUGAAGUACGCCAAUCCCAACGACUUGGACACAGUGGCGGCGAAGUUGGCCUCGUUUCUGGAAAACCCUAUCCUUCCCCAAAACUGAGAGGGGAGGGGGGCUGACGGAAACCAGCUUGUACGUCUUCGUCGAGUUGAGAUGAGAGGGCAGGCGGGAUACGAAGUUAGGCCUCGAGACGCCUCGCCUCCUGGGAUUCGUUGGCUUCGAUUCCCCUCUUGUCUCCAGGAAAUACAUUUUUGGACAAUUCACCGUGAGCGGGACGCUGCCCUUCCGCUGCUCACGAGGUCUACUGCAGAAUUGCCCAACAUUGUUCAGCCCGUAGGUCAGUGGCGGCGAACCUA